AUGUGUGCAGGUUGGGGUUUCGUCGUGGAGAGGGGGGAAGCCUUGCCGGGUUCGAGUUCUAGCAGCGAAUUGGGCGCAGCUAGCGCUCCAGUUGACGGAGGAAGAGAGUCUGCGAUAGGGCCAUUGUCGAGAGGCGGCGACGCCAUCGCUGGAGGCGGCGGUGUUGGGUCUGCUGCCUGGGAUACGGGUCGCGUGAGACAGCGGCAACUGCCCGUGCAGCUGGCGGAGCGGCUGCUGCGGGCGCCGAGAGCAAUAGAGCGGCUUUUUUCUCACUUCGGUGCUACAAAGGAGUUUUAUAGAAGACAGGAGUUGAUGCUGUCUUCAUAA